AUGAUCCGACGUGGAGUUGAGCCAAGUUUUCACUACGAUCAGGCGACUCUGUACACUUCUUUCGAGGCUAUAUAUGAGCAUACAAAGAACCAGACGAUUUACGACUACUACCGAGCCCAAGUCGACGCGGUGAUCUUUCCCAAUGGCACCAUUGACGGUUUCAACUAUUCGCGCUACAGUCUUGAUCCCUACCGCUUUGGCAACAACGCGCUUUACUGGUACGAGAAAACAGGAGAAGAAAAAUAUCGCAUUGCUGCAGAUGGAAUCAAGAGAACCCUGGACAACCACCCGCGCACACCUACAGGCGGCCUAUGGCAUCGCGAGGUCGUGUAUCCAAAUCAGAUGUGGCUCGACGGCAUCUACAUGGCCGAUACCUUCUAUGCGAAGUAUGUGUCGUUAUUCCAGCCAGAUAACCAAACAGCUUGGGACGAUAUCGUACUUCAGUUUGACAACAUCGACGCGCGCACUCGGCGAGAUGACAAUCUGCUGGUCCAUGGGUACGACGAGAGCAAGCAAGCUGUGUGGGCCGAUCCCGAGACUGGCGCUGCGCCGCUGGUGUGGGGCCGUGCCGAUGGAUGGUACUUCAUGGCUUUGCUCGAGGUCAUCGACUUGCUCCCUGAAGAGCAUCCCGGGCGACAAAGACUUCUAGGAUAUUUCAAAGGAUUGGCACAAGGUCUCAAAGGCGCCCAAGACGAGUCCGGUGGUUGGUGGAACGUGAUGGAAAAGCGCUACGAGGACGUCGAGGGGAACUACAUCGAGAGCAGCGCAAGCGUCAUGUUCACCUUCGGUUGGCUCAAAGGACUCAACCUGGGAUAUCUUUCUGAAGCGGAUUAUUUGGAUGUCGCGAAGAAAGCGUGGAACGGUAUGGUGGAUAUGUUCGUCACCCACAAUGACAAUGGCUCGAUCAACUGGCAAGGCACAGUCAUGGUAGGGAGUCUGGGAAGCAAUGCCACCUUUGAAUACUACUCGAGCAUUGGCCUUCGCCAGAACGACCUUCGAGGCGCUGGAGUCUUUAUGAUCGCUGCUCUUGAAUGGGAAAAGAGAUUUCCUUGA